AUGUCAAACAAAUCCGGCUCGGGCGCCCCCUCAGCAAUCCCGCCGAAGGAGAAGCCAUCGGAGCCCGAUGUUUUACAGGAGUUGGAGGGGCACUUCUCUCCUGACCCGCUCCGUGAGAAGGGCGCCUGGACUCCUCGCGCCAGAUCUCAAGCGUCUAGCAAGAGCGACGCUCCCUCAGACGCUACGCCACUCAGCUCUCAGGCCACGUCUACACGUGACACUGCCGAAUAG